GCUGCGGCGCCGCGAUCGACGCCGACGCCCGCCGCGCGCCGUGGAAAGACGAGCGCGCAAUUAUAUUGGCCGUCGUUGACGAGGGCUCGGGUUGCGAGAUGGGCGCGGCGGAGAACGACGAGAAGACCAGUGCCGAGAUCGAUGGAGAGGAGUUCGGCGAGUGGCGCGAGACUUGGCGGAUCAAGUUGCAGUUGAGACCCAGAGAUGCGCAUCGCAAGCUUGGCAAUUUGAAGAGAAUCUAUCCCGUGCGACGCGAGCAGAUGGCCGCGUGUCACGCGGGCCACCUGGGCGGCGGCCUGAAGAUGGCGGCGCGUGCGGCGGAAGACGUGCGGGGCAGGUUGUUGCGAGACGCGAUGAGCUUCGCCUCUGCUUGGCGAGCGCUGGGUCGGCAGUCCCGCGAUCUAGGCGGCCCGGCGAGCGAUCCGACCGCGACGUGUGAUCUGGGCGAGCGCGACGAGGAGUGUUCAAACAUGCUGGCGGCCAACGUGGCCCGUGCAGUUCGAAUGGCGCUGGCGGCGGGGGGCCGGCCCCUCUCGAGAGAGUUUCAGAUCGCCGAGCGGGUGUUCUUCUGGAGGCGCGACGCGGGUGAGAGCGACCUCGUCCAGAGCUGCUGGGCAGGGUCCGCCAUGGUGACCCAG